CCAAAGAGCCAGAGCGCAGCCACGUCUGAGCCGCCUCGGGGUAGCGCGGACUGUAUGCGGAGACAGAGAUAGCAGAGCACAAGUACACGCACAUAACACAGAUCGAUCCAAGCGAUUUCGAGCUAUGAGAGCCAUCAUACCUAUAGUAUGCGUCGGGGUCAGGCUUGGCUCGACGACAUCGGCAGUGCGAGUAGCAACAAGGUUAUCGGAGCGAUUAAGUCGAGCGAGAGGAAAAAACGCGCUAACGCCGGCGGUGGAUUUCUGGACCGACAGUGGCGACCAAUAAGCCAGUCACUCGACACCCCUGCCUGCUCGCACAUAAGCUGACGAUCGGCGCGCGAGUCUUGAUCGCGAACCUCUUUGAGCUGACCGACUCAGUUUACCGGAAGAAGUCGCGUCGACCGGAGCACAAACAUGAGCUGUUACCCGGACUACUGAAUACGCUUUUCAGACACUUUGACUGCUACACGUAUACUAGUUGAGUACACAACAGCAGCUGAGAAUCACGCCACGCGAUAACCGAUCGCCAGUCCGACUGUAGUCCAGCGCGAACCGAUCUCCGACGUCAAUCGCCAUGACGAGCUGCGCGGAGAAAAAGCAGCCGGUGAAGGAGUUGAGAGACGAGAGCAGCUCGUCGGACAUGACGGCUCCGAUGCCGAGCUGCCGUCGACUGUUCGCACGCAACUGGGCCGUCUGGCUGCUUAGUUCACUGGCGGUCUUCAGUCUGGGUCUGCUCAGCCUGACCUGGCUGACGGACUUCUUCAACGACGCGAUCGUCUCGAACCUGCAGCUGAGCAAUGGUAGCCUCAGCUUCGCUUGGUGGCAGCGUCCCUCGGUGCGAGCCGUCUACCGCAUCCGCAUCUUUAACUACACCAACGUCGACGAGUUCAUGAACGGCGAGGCGGAGAAACUGCGCGUCCAGGAGCUCGGCCCCUACAUCUAUCGCGAGACGCUGACUCGCGUCAACCCCGAGAUCGAAGAGGACGGUCGGCUGAGUUACCAGGAGCAGAGGACGUAUCAGUGGGAGGGCGGCAGCCCCGACGACGAGAGGAUCGUCGUGCCGAACGUGCCGCUUUUCACGGCCAUGGCCUUCUCCAGAGACAUGAGCUUCCUCGCCCAGGUCUCGCUCACCGCCGUUCUCUCGACCAUCCGCGCAAAGCCAUUCAUUCAAGUGCGCGCCGGCGACUUUCUCUGGGGCUACGACGACGAGCUGUUCCGUAUCUCCAAACCCGUGCUCGCCUGGCAGCAGAACAUUCCGUUCGACAAGUUCGGCAUACUCGCUUUCAAAGCCGGUCUGUCGAACGACCGCAUGACGAUCGACACAGGCGUAGAAGAUCUGCGAUAUCUCGGCAACACCGUGCGAAUGAACGGAAAGGAAAGUCGCAACGUCUGGCAGGACGAGAGCUGUGACAAGAUCGAAGGUUCGGACGGCAGUAUGUUCCCACCACAGAUGAUUCGCGACCACAACUACACCCUCAAAGUUUACGCUAAAGAAAUGUGCCGGUCCAUUCCACUUCAGUAUUACGGCGAAGGCCACUCCAAAGGGAUACCAACUUUACGAUACAAGCUUCCAGAAGACAUUUUUGAGGCGACUCCGACGAAGAAUUCUUGCUUUUGUCAAAGAGUGCUCGAAGAUUCUGAAAACGUAACGCACGUAUGCGCCCCUAAGGGAUUGUUCAAUAGUUCAGCUUGCAAUUUCGGGGCUCCUAUGAUCUCCUCGUUCCCGCACUUUUAUCAAGCCGAUAAGUCAGUGCUGGACUACGUCGAUGGAUUGGAGCCCAAAGAGGAGCUUCACGGAUCUUACCUUGAUUUACAUCCACGUUUGGCCGUGCCGAUCGGCGGCUGGUCCCGUGUGCAGAUAAACCUGGAAGCCCGCAAAGCCGACGCGGUGCCGUUCAUGGGCCGUAUCAAGGACGGUACCAUCCUGCCGAUCCUCUGGGUCGAGGUCGGCAUCGACGAGAUCCCCGAAUCCGUGAUGAAUAUCCUCUAUCACGCCCACUUCACAGCCAGUGCAGUCGAGGCCUGUCUACACUGGGGCAGCCUUUUGGGCCUCAUUCUAGCGGUCGUCAGUCUCGGCUGCCUGCUGAGCAAACGUCGAAACGAGAAGCACAUCGUACUGCAUAGAAACGUUUCAGGACAGGAUCCGCUCAUCGAGACAGGCGAGGCCAAGUCCGUUGGCCCCUGCUCCAUUUAUUUUGAGAAAGAAUGAGGAUGGCGUCGCGUUUGUUCGAUUACGUUUUAGUAAUCGCCACGACGCCGAGUGUGUAUACGCUAAAUUAUUUUGUGCGGUGUAGGAGUUUGGUGCACAAGCUGCUCAUACGUCGGUCUGCAGCUUUGAUGAUUUUCAGAAGCGUUCUGUAGGUGUACAGAAAGUCUCUCUUGAUAUCGAGAGUUUGACAUAUUAGGUGGACGUCCAAAAAGGAAGACUGCUUUAUACGACUCGUACCUUGUUGCUUAUUUUAAUUUUAAGGCUUUUAUCAUUGUUAGCUUUUGCUAAUGCAAUUUUUGUAUCAUCAAUACGUAACAAUGCGGAGGACUGAAAAUUUCAGCUUCAUGUUCGUAUAUGUAUUUAUUAUAUUUCUGCAUAGGUAUACCAUCAUAAUUUUCACGAUUUCAUACGGAAUCAAACUUCUUAGAGUAGAUACCGUUUGACGAGCCGAUCAAAGUUUAUACCUUAUCAAGAAAGAAAUGAAGAAAGCUUAUUUUUAUAGCGAUUAGACACGGUUUUCGGCGGAUAAUAAUACGAUCGUAUUUUUAACGAUAAUGCGCGGGGAUUCGGAAAAAUAUAGAACUGAUUAAAUUUGGAAGACUGCUCUUUACGCUAAUAACUAAUCGCCUAAAAAGCAAACAAAAAUAUAACUUAAUGAAACGAUGAUUAUAUACGCUUGCGAAAUUAAUCACGAAUUCAAUGUACUGCGCAGGAGCUUGCCUUUUUUUAUACGUGCUAUAUAUGUAUGUAAUAUUAUGUCUGUAUUAUAGUUACUCGGUUUCAUUACGAUGGUGCAGUGUGUGAGGGAACAGGAUAAUCGGAUAAAAAUUAAAUGCUCAUAUCUCUGGAUGUUCGAAUGUUUACCUGAUUGUCUAUCAAGCUGACUCGCUGCGAGUUUCAACAGGGAAAAUAAAGUAAAAAAACAGUUUUGCUCUUUUCCCCGAAAUCUAGAGCAAGAGCCAAUGCGUAUGACUAAGUUGUACAUAUAUACAUGCGAAACUUUAUGCAAUUGUCCGUGAAAUUUGCUGGAAGCCGCGCUUUGGAAAAUAAGCUUAAUAAAUGUUACGUACAUCACGCUGCACGUACUUGCGUAAAUGUAUAUAUAAGAAAGAUAUCGAGUGCGCAGCAUCACGCCACGUAUUAUAUAUAUAUAUAUAUAUAUAUAUAUAUAUAUAUAUAUAUAUACACUCACAUCUAGACGAUAGCCCUCUCGCUCAUUGUCGGUGGCGGGGCGUAUCGUCUCGUGAAUGAAAACAAAAAAGUAUAACGCGUGAACUCCGGAGACCUUUUUCCAAGCUUUACAAGAAGCUGUACACGAUAGCGCGUUGCGAUAAGGUCUCGCCGGCGAGUUAGAGCAUAACAUCAAUUAUUUUUUCAAGGGCUCAAGCGCUGCGCGUGCUCUUGCAUAAUGCUCCACUGGCUGCUGCUGAUAAUUCUGCGUGAGAGGCGAGAUGAGCGAGAAAUUGUAUUUUUUUCAUACGUUUCCUUGGCUUGUGAUUAUACGCGUUAUUACUUUGGCUUGCAAUGUGAGUGAUUCGUUUUCGGUCUUUUGGAAGGGCAACAGGAGCAGCAGCGUGCCAACGAUGGCGUUUUUCCUGAAGCGAUUUUUUUUGUAUAUCAUAAAUGUGAGCGAGAUUUCACAACGAACUGUCUAUAUGUGUGCAAGUAUAUCGGAUUUGAGAAUGUGCGAGGGUAUCGGGUCGCGAAAUCAUAUCGUUACUGUAAUUACUUGGAUUGUUAUUUUAAGGGAUCAAAACUUAGUGAGAUUAUAGUGUGAUUUUUUCGUCAAGUCUCGAUAGAGUCUAGUGCCAUAUAAAUAUAUUUUUCGAAGAUAAUUAAUUUUAGUUGAAUAAUAUUUUAUACAUUAUACUACUGCCAUUGAAAAUGUAAAUAAUUGGUAAUUUCUAAUGUCAAAUAAAGGAUAAAUAUUGAAUACAAUAUAUUGACGUAUA